CUUCUGCUCUCCAGGCAAGCUUCCACAGGAUCUCCCAGCACGCCUGAUCAGAGUAGGGAGAGGGCUCUUCUGCCCUUGCUUGCACCCAGCUCCAGAGAAAUGCUCCCGCUUCUGUCCCUCUUCAGCUGGGUGAUCUGUUGCCAGGGAGCAAUGGAAGGUUCUCAGAGCUUCAUCAUACUUCAGCUGUCUCACUUCUGGGACCCAUCCUCAGUGCAGUUCUGGGGCAACGCCUCUCUUGGGGGAUUGACCACUCACACUCUGGAGGGCAGUGGCCACAACAUCUCCAUUCAGCAGCUGCAGCGUCUGGAGCCCCCUGAGCACUGGAAGCAGACUAAGGAGCAACUGCUCACCUACCUUAGUGAAUUCCAAGGCUUAGUACAGCUGGUGAACAAGGAGCGAGGAGUGGCCUUCCCACUGACCCUGCGCUGUUCUCUGGGCUGUGAGUUGCCCCCUGAUGGCCAAGAUGCCCAUGUCUUCUUUGAAGUGGCCCUGAAUGGGAGCUCCUUUGUGAGCUUCCAACCAGAGAAGGCCCUAUGGUCAGCAAGCCCAGACCAGAGCCACCCCCCAGAGCUAUACGACUUUACCCUGAAGCAGCUAAACAGCUAUAACCGAACCAGGUUCGAGCUUCUGGAAUUCUUACAGGACAAAUGUGUGGGCUUCCUGAAGCAGCACACGGACAGAGUCUCAAAGCCAGUUUCUCCAUCCUACACAAUGCUGAUUCUGGGCAUCAUCAUGGGUGUCUUCACCAUCUCCAGUGUGGCUGUUGGCAUCUUCCUGUGCACAGGGGGAAGGUGGAGCUAAUCCUCCCCCUUGUUACAAAAGCAGAGCUGGUCAUCCCAGCCCAGGAAACCAUGUAAGACAGAGGCUCUAUGGAUCCAAGAAGGAGUGGUGGAUGUAGCCUUCCCCUGGUUCCCUUGUUUUCCCACCAGAGAUUCUGGCCCCAGGAACUCUGUAGAUGCUUCAGUUGGGGUUCCCACCCUAAGAGAGAUGUAGCACCAUGGGUGCAUCCAAGGACAGCAACAUGAAAACAGAGCCCAAAACAGAGUCCAGUCUCAGCACUGUAGGGUCAUAGCAUUUAGAGCUUGAGCAAACUUAGAGAUCACCUAGUCCUCAUUUUACAUAUGAGGAAACUGAGAUCCUGAGAGGUUUAGGAAAUUUGCCUGAGCUCAAAAAGACAGUAAACAGCAGAUAGAUGGGGUUCCAAACUUGAUGUCCUUUUUGCUACCCCAUGAUGCUGCCAUGAAAGUGGCAAUAUCUCCUCUGAUUAAAGCCAGGGCGCCUAAUGAUAGAGUCAUGACAUUAAGAACCAUUAGAAAGAUUGCCGACCAAUGGAUUGGGACUCUAGGUGGGAAAUCACUUCCCAGGCAGGUGGGAUUUGAAGGGCUCGGACUGUCGCAAUGACAGAACCCUACUACCCACCCACCCCCCACCUCCCAGUAUGCAGAAACUUUGAAGUAACCAAGAGUCCUCUCCUACAUCAAGGACAAGUGACAUCGAAACCUACCUCCUUUUUUCUUGGAAAAUUCCGUUAGGAGUCCCAUUUUUCAUCCAGCUUCCCUCAGUAGUUCUACCAGGGGAGUAGGACAGAGUCUGGAAAGCUCUUGAAAGUGAGAAAAUGUUUGGGGGUGGGGCUCAAUUCCCCUACCAUCAUCACUGGGGAUCUGCAGCCUAGGAGAUUCAAAUCCUGGUUCUGCCAGUGACUUAUGUGAGCUAAUCCCUCCAUUUCUCUGGUUCUCAGUUUUCUCAUAUGCCAAAUGUGGAUAAUACUUGCUUUACCUACCUCACAGGGCUGUUGUGAGGAAUUCAUUAGC